AUGAGUGUAUAUAGAGAAUAUCCACCAUUAUUUAUUACACUAUGGAUUAUAGCAGGUAUAUGUUCAUUGGUAGCUGUAUUGUUAUCAUUCUAUCUAAUUUAUAAACAUCUUCGAAAUUAUACAUGUCCUGAUCUACAAAAGUUUAUCAUUAGAAUUCUAAUCAUGGUGCCAAUUUACUCUACAGAUAGUUGGUUGUCACUUAGAUUUGUCAAUAUUAGUAUUUAUUUUGAUUUGCUUCGUGAUUGCUACGAGGCAUUUGCUUUAUAUUCCUUUUUUGGUUUGAUUGUUUCAUAUGUUGAAAAGGACUUUGAUGUCGUCGAUUUAUUACAUUCCAAAGAACCAAUGUCCCAUCCAUUUCCAUUACAGUUUCUACCUAAAAUCAAACUGGGUAGAAGGUUUCUUACACAUUGUCGACGAUUUGUACUACAGUUUGUAUUUGUCAAACCGUUGAUUGCCAUUGUAUCAGUCAUUCUAGAAAUUACAGAUUACUAUGGUGAAGGUGAAUUCAGACCUGAUAGAGGUUACCUAUGGUUAACAAUCAUUGAAAAUAUAUCUGUUGGUUUGAGUUUAUAUUAUUUAGUAUUAUAUUAUCAAGCAAUGAAAGAUGAAUUGAAACCAUUUAAACCAUUUGGUAAAUUCUUGUGUAUUAAAUCAGUCAUUUUCUUUGCGUUUUGGCAAGGUAUUAUCAUUUCCUUUUUGGCGUAUAUCAAUGUGAUUACGGCCGGUGGAGGAUGGACGAUCAACAAUAUAUCGACCGCGUUGCAGGAUUUUAUCACCUGUGCCGAGAUGCUUCUCGUUGCCAUUGGCCACCACUUUUUCUUUUCCUACAAAGAGUAUAGAGACUACAACAAAACUCCCUUCCUCUACGACAAGAAAACCAAAACAUUCUUUAACAAUCCAAGUGGAACCAUUACUCCAAUCAUCAAAAACUUUUUUACUGCCACUAGUGUUUCCGAUGUUAUUGCUGAUACAAAGGAAUCAUUUAUUUUACCAUUGAUGAGACCAGAUGAUGCAGCUCAUAGAAUAAAAGAUGAAGAAAAGAACCUUUUAAAUAUAAAUGAUGAAGAUAAUUUAAUAACUAAUAAUAAUAAUAAUAAUAAUAAUAAUAAUAAUAAUAAUAAUAAUAAUAAUAAUAAUCAAAACUCACAACAACCAACCAACCAACAUACAACUACAAUCAAAAAUGUCAACAUCACAAUGGAAUAUCAAUGGAUGAUAGAUUAG